AGCUACCUGCUACUCAUGUCAGGAAAUAACCUAUCUUAUUGUUGACAACUAUUUGUCAACAAAAUGAUACCAAUUAAAGAGAAUACAGACUUAUGAAUAAUCCGAAGUAUAAUUAUAUAAGUAUUUUAUUUUUAAAUAGUGUUAUUGAGAUUAUAAGAAUAUUAUUCUUAGUGUGGAAUUAAUUUUGUGAUUGAUAAUUGACAGAUAACAGAUAACUAAAUUAGCAAUUAAAAUUUUGCACUUUCUCAUUGCUAAUGUUGUACAUAGAUGUGAAUUCACAUCUUUUGAUAAAAAGUAAAAUAGAAUCAAUUACUAAGAUAGGAAGUCAUAUCUUCCCUCCAAGAUAUGUGUUAUGAUAAAGUCUAAUAGAUUUAUAAUAUACUAUAUUUCUUAUUCUUGUAUUUAUAAAUAGCAAAGAAAAAAAAUGUUGAACAGAGUUAAAUCAGUAUUAAUGAAUGUUGUGGGUGGAAGUGAACUUGGCCUACAAUAUCCUACUGAUUCAGAUAAUGAAACAGUAACAGAUUAUCUUAAUUUAAAUAUCGUUACAGAAGUAGAAAAUAAACCAUAUAGUAGACCUAGUUUUCUAGGAUUAACAACAGAAGAAACUCAAGUAAGUGCUGAUCAUAGAGUAAGACCAAUUAUAGUUCCAAGAGACUUAAGUCGAUUACCAUGGUGUGCUGGAUAUGCAGAAUGCAUAAAUGCUGGAAAAAGUACAUGGAAUGAAGACCAAACAUCUGCAACUAGAGGAGAUCUUAAACUAGCAGAUGUUAAUGUUACAUUGCCUUAUGUCAUGUUCUCUAUGUUUGAUGGACAUGCUGGUUAUCAAGUAGCUUUAACAGCAAGAUUACAUUUACAUAGGAUAAUUCUUGGAAGAUUAAUGGCAAUACCUGGUAACAUGUUAUUAAAUGAAGAUGAAGAUGAACUUAUAAAAGGAAGAGAUUUAGUAAUUGGUGCUAUUGAAUUAGCAUAUAGACAAAUGGAUCAAAUGGUAGAAGUACAAGCUCAAGGAGGAGGUGGAGGUUGCACAGCAAUUACCAUUUUAUUUUUGAAUGGUAGAUUAUAUGCUGCAGGUGCUGGCGAUUCAAGAGCUGUAUUAGUUUUGGGAGAAAGUCAACGUGCUUUAACAAGAGAUCAUACUCCUGACUCAGAAUCGAAUCGCGUCAGAGCAUUAGGUUUUCUAAGAAGUACCGAAUUAUUGAAAGGUCAUUUCACACCACUUGAAUUUAGAAAACGACCUUUGCAAAAAGAAUUAGGAUCUAUGGUUUUGUAUAGAGAACCUUAUAUGACUGGUUGGGCAUAUAAAGUAUUGACAAUUUCCGAUUUAAAGCUACCUCUUAUCUCUGGACACGGAAAAAGAAGUCGAGUAAUGGGUACUAUAGGAGUAACGCGUGGUUUCGGAGAUCAUGGUUUAAAAGCGGCCAGUACAGGAGUUAAUAUAAAACCAUUCCUGUCAUCACAACCUGAAGUGCAAUCUAUAAAUUUAGAUAGUUGUAAUCUCACAGAACGUGACUGUAUUAUUGUAGCUACAGAUGGACUUUGGGAUGUUGUAUCAGAUAAAACGGCAGCGAAUAUACUUAGAAAAACACUCGCUCCUGAUAAUCCAUCAUUAGAAUAUAGGCUUACAAUGGGUGCUCAAGAAUUGGUACAAGCAGCACGUGGUAGAUUAGUUGGACGAGCUUGGGUUGGUAAAUCAGAAAAUCUUGAAGAAACGGAUGAAAAAUUUUCACCCAUGGCAUCAGUUGAUGAUAUCAGUGUCUUAGUGGUACCAUUGUACCCUUAUUUGUGUGAACAUAAACAGUGGUUAAAAACAACACAACAAGAAAGAAGAUAUUCUAUGGAUUCGUUACACAUAUCUGUCAAUAAUUCUGUAUAAUAGAUAAUCAAAAUUGUAGAAACCGAUUUUAUGUUUAAGUAGGAAUGUUGAGAUCAAGUGUAUAUUAUUCAUGAACUAGUAUGAAGAUUAAUCACCAAAAUACUGUUGCUUUUUACAUUGCUUUUAACAGAUAAUAUUUAUAUUAAAUUUUAAAAUUAUCUAACAUUUUUUUUUGGAGAGUGAUUUAUUGUAUACUGCCACUUUUUAAAAGUGUAGUUAAAGAAUGCCAUUAUUAUUUAACAGAACAUUCCAAUUGUAGAAUGUUGAAUAUAGUGUAAGUAUCUUAAUUUUAAUAUUAUGCAGCAUCCAAAGUAGAAAUAAAAUCUGUAUAAUUUUUAAAUUGUGUGCAUAAUUACGUAUAUCAUGAACAAAGUAAAGAAAGUAAAGUAGAAAAAAUUUGUACAAAAAGUAAUCUUAUUAUAAAUAUACUUUUCAUUAAAUGAUAA